AUGGCAUACAUCCUAAAGACACUCAACAGCUGGUUCUGGUGGGAGAAUAUCUGGAUGCCCAUCAACUGCACAUGGGCAGAUUUUGUGGACCGUGAGGGACUCGUGUUUCCCAAACCCCAUCAGCUGUACGCCACAAUCCCGUACGCUUUCGUGCUGCUCAUCAUCCGCUUCUUCAGUGAGAGAUAUGUUGCUAUACCUUUAGCAAAAGCCUUGGGUAUAAAGAAUGUAAGACGUGUGAAGCCACAGCCUAAUCCUGUGCUAGAGAGUUAUUUCCGGGAGUGCUCAAGACAACCAUCCCAAUCAGAGAUCAAAGGCCUUGCCAAGAAGUGCAACUGCACCGUCCACUUGGUGGAGAAAUGGUUCAGGAGGCGGCGAAACCUGGAGAUCCCAACCGUGCUCCGGAAAUUCCAGGAGGCUUUCUGGCGAUUUUCAUUCUAUCUGACAUCCUCCGUUGUUGGAUUUAUAUUUCUGUAUGAUAAACCCUGGUUUUACGACAUCUGGCAGACGUGGGUUGGUUAUCCGUUUCAGACCUUGCUGCCAUCCCAGUACUGGUACUACAUGGCCGAGAUCGGCUUUUACUGGUCUCUCAUAUUUACCCUUGGCAUUGACAUCAAGCGGAAGGAUUUCAAGGCCCACGUCGUUCAUCACCUGGCAGCCAUCGGGCUGAUGAGCGGCUCUUGGUGCGGCAAUUACGUGCGGCUUGGAACUCUGGUGAUGUUCGUGCACGACACGGCCGAUUUCUGGCUCGAGGCAGCCAAAAUGUUUAAUUAUGCUCGCUGGGAGAAAACUUGCAACAUACUGUUCAUCAUCUUCUCUAUUGCAUUCUUCAUCACCAGGAUGAUCCUGUUCCCCUUCUGGAUUCUUCGUGCCACACUAUAUCUGCCUACCUACUACUCCACCACUCCUGUCAUAGCAUAUUUUUUAUUCAAUGGGAUGCUAUUAACCCUCCAAGGCUUGCAUUUAUAUUGGGGUUACUUAAUUUUCAAAAUUUUGAAAAGGUUCGUUUUCCUAAAGGACUUGAAAGAUGAUCGGAGUGAUGAAGAGGAGGAAGAUUCUCUUACAGACACUGAAGAGGAGUCCACAAAGAGUGGUACCAAGAACAGCAGUGGGUCAGGCAAACACCUCCUGAGCAGCAGUCACCACUAGCCCUGUCCUGCCUCACCUCCUGCAGCGAUUCCUGCUCUGGUUUCAGCCCAACCUACAGGACAGGAUUUAAGUCAAAAGGCUUGUG